GCUGCUGUCAAUCAUCACACACACACACACACACACACACACAUACGCACACGCACACACAGAGACCAAUGAGGGGAAGUGAAGUGCUCGGGUGAAUCUGCUCUUAUAAGGACCUUCCUUUGGCUUUCAGACGCACAAAUGGAGCAGAAUGAAGACAGCGAGGUGGUCACAGCAGAUGCUGAACUGGCAGCAGCGAUUAUGAAGCGACACUUUCGUCCGUCGCUGAUCAAAACUGAAGCAUGGGAAGGAUACGAGUUUGCAGACAUGGAGAUCAAAAUCACAGAGUCGACUGACUGUUACGGGGCCGUUCUGUGGCCCUCGGCCAUGGUGUUGUGUCAUUUUCUUGAUACUCACCGGGACGAAUACAACCUGAUGGACAAGAACAUCAUCGAGCUGGGCGCCGGAACAGGCCUCGUUACCAUAGUAACCAGCCUCCUGGGUGCAAAGGUGACGUCCACAGACCUCCCGGAUAUCUUGGGGAACCUGAGACACAACGUGAACCGCAACACCAGAGGGCGCUGCAGGCACGCGCCCCACGUGACCGAGCUCAGCUGGGGGAAACAGCUGGAGGAGCGAUUCCCGCGCGCCACCUGUCGCUACGACUACAUCAUGGCCGCAGAUGUGGUGUACGCACAUCCAUACCUCCAGGAGCUCAUGGAGACCUUCAUGCACCUGAGCUCAGAUGACACCGUCAUCCUGUGGGCCAUGAGGUUCCGUCUGGCCCCGGAAAACAGCUUCGUAGAGACGUUUGAGAAACACUUUCAUCUGGAGGAACUUUACGACCUGCCCAGUCUGCGAAUAAAGCUGUACCGCGCGCAAAAACGACGCGGAGACGCUGCGUAGACCGCUGGCCCUCAAUCUGUUUGACUUGAAGGGCCCCUAAUACAGCUGAGGUCAACACUUUAGAAUCUGCAAAAUGUUAAUAAUUUUACCAGAAUAAGAGGAAUCAUACAAAAUGCAUGUUAUUGCUUAUUUAGUUUUGACCUGAAUAAGAUACUUCACAUAAAAGAUGUUUACAUACAGUCCACAAGAGACAAUAAUAGUUGAAUGUAUAAAAAUGACCCUGUUCAAAAGUUUACAUACCCUUGAUUCUUAACACUGUGUUGUUUCUGAAUGAUCCACAGCUGUGUUUGUUUGUUUAGUUGUUCAUGAGUCCCUUGUUUGAACAACUACAGUUAAACUGCUACUGUUUUUCAGAAAAAUCCAUUCUUUGGUUUUCCAGCAUUUUUGUGUAUUUAAACCCUUUCCAACAAUGACUGUAUGAUUUUGAGAUCCAUCUUUUCACACUGAGGACAACUGAGGGACUCAUAUGCAACUAUUACAGAAGGUUCAAACACUCACUGAUGCUCCAGAAGGAGAAACCAUGCAUUAAGAGCUGGGGGGUGAAAACUUUUGGAAUUUUAAGUUUGGGGUAUGUUUAACUUAUUUUGUCUUCUGGGAAACAUAUAAGUAUCUUCUUAGAUUCUGAAGGGCAGUACUAAAUGAUGAAAAAAAAAAAAAAAAAAAAAAAAAAAAAAAAAAGAUAUUUAGGCAAAAUAAUAAGAUUGUACACAUCUUCAUUCUGUUCAAAAGUUUUCACCCCCUGGUUCUUAGUGCAUGUUUUUCCUUCUGGAGCAUCAGUGAGUGUUUGAACCUUCUGUAAUAGUUGCAUAUGAGUCUCUCAGUUGUCCUCAGUGUGAAAAGAUGGAUCUCAAAACCAUACAGUCAUUGUUGGAAAGGGUUUAAAUACACAAAAAUGCUGGAAAACCAAAGAAUGGAUUUUUCUGAAGAACAGCAGCCAGUUUAACUGUUCAGGAAAAACAAGGAACUCAUGAACAACUAUCACUAAACAAAAAAAAAUCACAGCUGUGGAUCAUUCAGGAACAACACAGUGUUAAGAAUUAAGCGUAUGUAAACUUUUGAAAGGGGUCAUUUUUAUAAAUUCAACUAUUAUUGUCUCUUGUGGACUAAGUGUAAACAUCUUAUGUGAAAUAUCUUAUUCAAGUCAGAACUAAAUAAGCAACAACAUGCAUUUUGUACGAUCCCUCUUAUUUUGGUAAAGUUAUUAACAUUUUGCAGAUUCUGAAAGGGAGAAAAACUUUUGACCUCAGCUGUAAAUUAACUGAACUAUAAUUACAAUAUUUUACUGAUAUAAGUAAAUUAACCACAAUUUUGUGAUUCCAGAAGUGCUAUAGUCUACAAUAAAAACAACAGUUACUGAGAGGAAAAAAUUAAAUAUGAUUUCAGUUCACAUUUCUCAUCAAUGGAUCCUCUGCAGUGAAUGGGUGCCGUCAGAAUGAGAGUCCAAACAGCUGAUGAAAACAUCACAAUAAUCCACACCACUCCAGUCCAUCAGUUAACAUCUUGAGAAGACAAAAGAUGUUUUUAACUAAAAUAACUAAAGUCCAUAAUCCAUAAUAACACUUUCUCCAGUGAAAAAGUGGUCUGGUCUGAAUCAGGAGAGAAAUCUGCACAGAUCAAGCACCGUUUACAAGCCAAAACAGCUCUAAACAAAUAUGGGGCUGGAUUUUGAUUUGAGGAGGAAGCAUUGUUAUAAAUUGUGACUAUUUGAGUUAAAAAUGUCUUGAUGGAUUUGUUUCGGCUUUUGUCUUCUCACGAUGUGAACUGAUGGACUGGAGUGGUGUGGAUUAUUGUGAUGUUUUCAUCAGCUGUUUGGACUCUCAUUCUGACGGCACCCAUUCACUGCAGAGGAUCCAUUGAUGAGACAGUGAUGGAAUGACACAUUUCUACAAAUCUGAUGAAGAAACAAACUCAUCUCACUUACAUUUUUGGUGAACCAUUCCUUUUAGAUUACUUUAUCAGUACUUUAAAAAAACGUGAUAAAGAAGCAUCACCAUUGCGAUCCAUGGAGAAGUUCUGGAUGAUGAAAAGUGUAUCAGAUCCUCCACAAUCCACUGCAAACGCACAAACAUACAGUUAGUCAAUCACAUCAGUUCAGCAGCUGAAAAUCAAGUCUUGAGCGAUAACUUCAUGCAACAUUCAGAAGUCAAACUUCAUGUUUACUUUAUGAGCUUUACAUUUCUGCAGUCCAUCUAAAUGCUAAUAUGAUCAUUGUAAGUUGUGAGCAGUGAUGUUAUUCUCGUGAUCAUGUUUUUCACUACAUUCUCUUAAGUUAAAGACUUUUUGAUACAGAAAUUGUACUUUACAACUUGAACAUACGUGGAAAUAAACAUGAACCAUUCUGAUGAA